AUGGGGAAGCCGUCAUCGUUUGAGGCACUGAGCGUGCAUCCCACACUGGUGGCAGCGCUGCGGCGAAUGGGGGUGCAGCCGACACCGUUCCAGGCACGCGUGUUGGCCACCACAACGAUCGACUUCGCAGACGUUCUGGUGGACGGGCGGGCGGCGGGCGGGGCGAACUCCAGCACCAACAGCGGCGGGGCUGCCGGCGCGGACGGCAACGCAAGCUCGCGCGCUGUCACGGCGGAGCGGCAUGCACUCCUCACGGUCUUUGCCACACAUUGUGUAUUGAGUGCGAAGGACCCCUCACGCAGCACAGCGGUCGUGGUUGCGAGCAACAAGGACUUUGCUGCCCAGCUGCAGAAAAGCAUGAAAGCCUUCGCCUCACAGUGCCACAUCGACUUUCAGAUGAUCACGAAUGAGGGGCAGCCGCCCCCGCCGCCUGUGGGGGGCGCGGUGGGCGACUCUGGUGAAAAGGGGUUGUCCGCGGUGGCGUUUGCCUCGAAGGGUGGACGCGUUUUGAUCACCACACUGCGUGUGCUCCACUCGUGGGGCAAGGAGUUCCUCAGGUCUGUCACGACCCUCGCCGUGGAGGACGCGAGUCGCAGCAGCGAACGGCAGCUGGAGGAUAUUCUGCGGUGGUUGACAAUCGCGUCACCGUCUUCCAGCGCGGCGGGUUCGAGCCACCCCACGAACAACCUCACGGCGUCACGGCAAAAGACAAAUAUCCUUCUAAUGUGUCUCGCGCCGCUGACGAAGGUGAGUGUGGGCAUUCGCUACCACUUGAGCCGCAGGAAUCGGCGGUAUUAUCACCUGCAGGGCCCCUCCUCUGCGGCGGGGUCGGUGCUACCGACGGCUUCCGGCACAGCCCCUCCUUCCUCGACACAAUUGGUGCAUCUUCUCUACCUGGACGAGAGGGAUCGCGAAGACCUUCUUCGACGUGUGUUGCAGACGUACCACUCCCGUCGUGUUGUGCUGCUCACGCACCAUAAGGAGAUAAAGCACCUACACCAAACUAUAGCCAAAUGGGGCUUGUAUCAUACUAACAAUGAUGCAAACAGUAAGGGAUCGGAUUACAUGUGUUGCAUGCUGCGCUCAGACACUGCGGAACGCCAGGAGUCUUCGUUCAUGGGGUUUCUCCGUGAGACCAAGACUAACACAAACAACGCUGGCGGUGGCAGCAACGGUGACAACAAUACCUCUUCCUCUGCAUUAUUAGUGGGCUGGGACGCCUUUACCGCGGUGGACCUCAUGGACGUGGAUGUCUUCAUCCAGUACUACCCACCACAAAAGUCCCUCACGGAGCGGGAGCGGGCGGAGUUUGUUCAGGUGCUGCACACCACAGCGGACCCAGAGAACAGUCGCCGUGGACGUCGCACGUUGCUCAUCACAUUUUUGGCCAUCAACGACUUUACCCUUGCCGCGUUCUUCAUGCAGCAGUACGGCCAAACCGGUCCCAUCCUUAACCUUGCCGCCAACCACCCGGACUUUCAGCGAUGCAUUCUUGACCCCAAGACUGUGUUGCGGAAAAAGCAGAAGAAGGAGGCUGGCCGGCGCCAAAAGGACCGCGACGAUGGCGGCCAAUACCCCAACACUAGUAGCAGCGCCAGUGGAGCGGCUGCGAGUGCGCCGGUGCCGUUGCCUCGCUCCAUGCGGCAGCCAUCUCCCGGGGGCCGCAAGGACAAGGAACAAUACACAGGUAGUGGAAGGAACAAGGGCAAUACCAAUGCUGCUGCUGCUAGCUCUGGUGGUGACGGCAGGCCACGCGGUGUCGGGAGGUGGGGCGGCGAAGCCCGCGGGCAGCUUGCCGGUAGCGGUGACACGGUGAGUGGCGCUGGCUCUGCCUGCGUGUCGCCGCCGCCGGCGGAUACUCGUUGA